CUCUCUUCCUCUUGGCGGCUUAGCGCUGAAGUAUAUCGUCGAGACUCAGAAUUUAGGGGCUAGGGUUUUUAUUUGGUCGAAAUUCGAAAGCGAAGAUGAUUGAGGUAGUAUUGAAUGAUCGAUUGGGGAAGAAGGUAAGAGUGAAGUGUAACGAAGAUGAUACAAUUGGUGAUUUGAAGAAAUUGGUUGCUGCACAAACUGGAACAAGGGCAGAUAAGAUUCGAAUUCAAAAGUGGUAUAAUGUAUACAAGGAUCAUAUUACCCUCGCGGAUUAUGAAAUUCACGAUGGAAUGGGUCUCGAACUCUACUAUAAUUAGGAUUCCUGUGGGACAGCUGGGAAUCUGUGCUAAAUAGAAGAGGUUUUCUUCUUUGGUUGAUGUAGGUAUGCAAGUUCUGUUCUGCAUACAUUAAUGAUAUCUGGAGUGGAAAUAAAUCUCUGUAAAACUUUUCCAUCUACUGUAGUGUGGGGCUUUGGGCAUAUUAGUACCUGUUAUACUUGUUUGGCUUGUUUGUUUGUUUUUUUAGUCAAUGUUAUUCGACUAAGUACACUACGCAAAUUGCAGUCAUCCUGAAAUUCUUGUUAUAUAUCAGCAACUUAAUGGCUUUUACUCUGUUUUGUUUCUA